GCUCCCCCUCGCGGCCUCAGCCGGUCAGUCUGGCAGCGGCGGCCGCGGCAAGCGGAGCCCCGGGGUCCCGGGAUGGCGGCGGGCGAGGCGGAGCCGGAGCUGCCCCUGCCCCCGCCCCCCUCGCCCGGCGGGCCCGCCACCGAGCGCGCCCUGGAGGAGGCGGCGGCCUCGGGCAGCCUGAGCCUGGCGGGGCGGCGGCUGCGGCUCUUCCCGGGCGGCGCGGCGCGGCGCUGGGACCUGAGCGACACCACCCAGGCCGAUCUCUCCCGGAACCGCUUUGCCGAAGUGCCCGAGGACGCCUGCCACCUGGUCUCCCUGGAGGGGCUGAGUUUGUACCACAACUGCCUGCGGAGCAUCCCGCCGGCCAUCGCCAACCUGCAGUCGCUCACCUACCUGAACCUCAGCCGGAACCAGCUCACCUCCCUCCCGCCCUGCCUGUGCCGCCUGCCCCUCAAGGUCCUCGUCGCCAGCAACAACAAGCUGGGCUCGCUGCCCGACGAGACGGGCGCCCUGCGCGCCCUGCGCCAGCUGGACGUGAGCUGCAAUGAGCUCCAGGCUCUGCCCCCCAGCAUGGGCCGGCUGGAGGCCCUGCGAGACCUGAACGUGCGGAGGAACCAGCUAACCGCCCUGCCCGAAGAGCUGUCGGAGCUGCCCCUCGUCCGCCUGGAUUUCUCCUGCAACCGGGUCGCCCGCAUCCCCGUCUGCUACCGGCACCUCCGGCACCUGCAGACCAUCCUGCUGGACAAUAACCCCCUGCAGUCGCCGCCCGCGCAGAUCUGCCUGAAAGGCAAAAUCCACAUCUUCAAAUACCUCAACCUGGAAGCCUGCAGCAAAACGGGGCCUGACCUGGCCGACUUCGCCCGGCCCAGCCGGCCCACCGGCUUCGGCACCUGCCUCUCCGACGAGUUCUACCCCGGCCGGCAGUACGGUGGCCUGGACUCGGGCUUCAACAGCGUCGACAGCGGCAGCAAGCGGUGGUCUGGGAACGAGUCCACAGACGAGUUCUCCGACCUGUCGUUCCGCAUCGCGGAGCUGGUGCGUGAUCCCCGCCAGCUGAAGGAGAAGCGGGACCGGGCAGCCAAUGGCGAGCUGGAGCAGAUCGACUUCAUCGACACCAGCGUGGAGGAGGAGGAGGCGGCAAAGCCGGAGAGCAGCUCGCAGGCCCUGGCCCCGGCGGAGGAGAAGCGGAAAGCAGAGAGGAGCCUUCCCCAGAGAGCCGAUGUCGGGGAGAAGGUGCCGAACAGCAGGCCCAGCCCUCCCCAGGAGGAGCCCCCCAGCGAGGAGCGGAGGCGCCCCGAGACGCUGCAGAUCUGGCAGGAGAGGGAGCGGCAGCAGCAGGCGUUGCGGAGCCAGGCGCUGGAGAAGCGGGACAGCCUGCUGAGGAUGGGGGCCAGAGGCACCUUUGGCAGCGCCCAGGGCCCGGCGGCCAGCAAUGGCCCGUCGGAGAGCAGCAGCCUGCCCCACAGGAAGCAGAGGCCCCAGGUCACGGAGCAGCCGCCCGGCGUCCCCAGCCCGGCGUCCUCUGGGCAGACGCCCCGGCAGCAGGAGUCCCUCCCCCCGCAGGUCUCCAGCCCCCCGGCCCGGGAGCCCGGCUCGGCCCAGAAGCCCAGCAGCUUCCUGUUCCGCUCCUCGUCGCGGACGGCCAUCAGGCCCGGCUCCGCCUGCGCCCCCCACGACCCCACGGCGGACCCCCAGCACCCCCUGCGGCUACGGGGCAGCUCACACGACCUGGACGAGAAGGAGUUAACAGCCCAGCUCCGCAAGGCCAUCGAGUCGCGGCUCAGCGUGUCGCUGGCGGAGGACCUGGGCGAUGCCCUGGCCAACGGGGCUGUGCUGUGCCAGCUGGUCAACCACCUGCGCCCGCGCGCCGUGCCCUUCAUCCACGUCCCGUCUCCCGCCGUGCCAAAGCUGAACAAGGUCAAAUGUCGGAAAAACGUGGAGAGCUUCCUGGAGGCCUGUCGCCGCAUGGGGGUCCCAGAGGUAACGCGGGGGCUGGGGGGGUCUCUGAUUUCCGUGCUGUGCAGCUGGGAGCAGAGAGUCACCUCUACAUGGCGCCCCCAUGGGGCUGCACUUGUGCAAGGCCCCGCCCCUUGUGCCAUCGCACUACCUUGUGCAAAGCCCCGCCUCUCUCUCGGUCCCAGCCUGCCAUGCAAGUGCACUGUGCUCAUGUGCAAAGCCACGCCCCGCUUGUGCGAAGCCACGCCCCUCUCAUCCGAGCCACGCCCCAGGUACGGCUAGGGGUACGGACCCCCAGCUGACAGGCCCCUCGCCCCAGGAGCUGCAGUGCUCUUCUCCCAGCAUGCCUUGGGGUCACCCCCCAGAAUCCCCUGCUGCGCCCACCCCCGUGGGCCAGCGCUGACGGCUCCUGUCCCCCCUUUGAACGGCAGCAGCGGGGGGCUGA